AUGGAGUAUAAGAUACCGAAUUUUUACUAGUAAUUACAUUCUCAUUAUAUAAGAGCCAUGCCACAAUGUUCUAGACAGGGACAUCAGGAGAAUAUUGUAUAUUUUUGUGUAAACGAACAAUGUCCUAAGAAAUUUGAAGAGCUAUGUGUUUAAUGUCUAAACAAAAGAGAGACCUCCCACAAACAUUCAGAAUAUCUACUUAUCGAAAAUGCUUAUAAUUUUUUAACAGAUCUCUACUAUAGAUAAUAAAAUAAAAUUGAAUAACAAGCUAGCCUUUAAGAGGCUUUUGAAAGUAUUAAAACAUUGAAAUUCAAGAUUUUGGAAAUCUUUGAAAAUAUGGAAAACCAAAUAGCUUAACUCAAAGAUAGAUUCGAUACUUAAUAUCAUUUGUAACAACUCUUCAAAUAAAAUUUUAUCGAUAAACAAAAUAAGAAAAGGUUUUUUAUCUCAGAACUAAAACAACUCAUUUAAGAUUUCAAUAAAUAUGUUUAUUAUAAUUUUGAAAAGUCAGGAAUUAAUACUAUAAUUAUGAAAGAAUUUUCUGAUUAUUUGGAUGACGUAUAAAAGAUGAAUUUUUCGGAAGCUUAAUAAGAUAUUCAAAAUUUAAUAUAAUUCACUAAAAGUUUAAACAUCAUAAAACAUUAAUAAUUAAAAGUAAUGCAUCGACUCCAAGAAAAGGCACCUGAUUAAUCGUUUAUUCUAACUUAAAAGCCGAUCGGGUUUAGUGCAAUUAGUUUGAAGAGAUUUUAGCUCUUAGGUAUUUACAUUCCUUUUUUACUGCCUAUAGAGAGAUAACGAGUAUGUAUAUGAUUAAAUCUUUAGAGAAAUUUAGAGAUUAAAUUAUCAAUUUAUCUUAAUAGUAAUAAUGAAUUAAUACACAAAUAAGACAUGAAAAUAAUACAUGAGUCACUAUUGAAAUAGAGGCCAACUUUAUAGAAUAAAUAUUUAUUAUAAUUAAAUACUCCAAUAACAAUAGAGGAGCAUUAAGUUUUUACAAUUUAAAUAUGUUCAAAAUCUAAUUGUUCAUUUUAGAGAUAUAAAACAUUUUGCAAUUAAAAUUUGAUAAAAUAGCUAAAUGACGAUUUACAUUCUAAAAGUUUAAUUGAAUAAAUAUGUACUUUCUUUAUAACAGAUUUUCUCAUUAGAAUGAUAAAUUGA